AUGUUCUGGGGUGCUUUAUUGCUCCUCUUAUCAACUAAUGCUGUCGCCUCACGCCAUGAUGAAGAUUUGAUGUCCUUUGUGACGCUCCCCGAGGUCCGAGCCUUGAAAUGGGAGAUUGAACAUUACGACCGCGAGCGCAUGGCGCCCGGCUAUAUUUUCGUUGCGCCAUACGGACAGAUCUCCCCGGAACGUCCCACACAAAAGUACCAGCAAUACCAAGUCGGUCCUUAUAUUUACGAUGAUAGUGGUAUGUUGAUCUGGGCUGGCUCGCCCAUGUACGAUAAUGAGAACACCUUCGACUUCAAGCCGGUCAAUAACAUCGACUCAAAAACACACCUGUCAUUCAUUGUGGGGUGGGCAUCGGACGGGUCCAAGAAGGGCCACGGUGCCCUGGUGAGCGAGCAUUAUGAGGUGGAGAAGGAGGUCCAAGUGAUCAACGACUUGCACGAUUUCAACAUGCACGAAUUCAACAUUUUGGAUGGUGGAAAGACAGCCCUGGCAUGCACGUAUCGUAAUGCGCGCGUCAACCUGGCUGAUUUUGGACGCCCUACGGAAGAGAGUUGGGUCACAGUGGGUGGAUUCGUCGAGCUGGAUGUCGCCACUAGCGAGGUGCUUCAUCAAUGGGACUCGCUAGACAAGAUCGCUCUCCACGAGUCGAACAUGUUCCAUGCGUGGGACGGUCCGGCUACUGGUGAGCCGGGCUGGGAUUAUGUUCACAUCAACGCAGUCGAUAAGAACGAGGCAGGUGACUACUUGAUCUCGUUGCGAUUCACUAAUACUCUCUACUUGAUCUCUGGCAAGGAUGGCAGCAUUAUUUGGCGCCUGGGUGGAACGGAGAGCAACUUCGAUCAGGACUUUACUUUCUCCAAGCAGCACGAUGCCAAGUUCGUCUCGUCUAACGGUACUCACCACGUUAUCUCGAUGCUGAACAAUGCCUCGGACGAGCGCGGUAACGAUGAGAACACCUCUUCCGGUCUGAUCGUUGAGUUAGACACCACCGUGAACCCUAUGACAGCUCGCGUGAUUCACCGGAUCAACCGCCCCGACAGUGGUCUCACUCGACUCCGUGGUAGCUUCCGCCCUCUUCCCAACGGCAACUACUUUGUUGGAUGGAGCGAGCGGGGCUACUCUAGCGAACACGCUUCGAAUGGCGAUCUUCUCAUGACCGCCCGCUUCACAUCAGACCGGUACUCGACUUACCGCUCAUACAAGGGCGAGUUCACCGGUCGCCCCGUCGCGCCUCCGGACGUGGUCGCAAAUGUGUACGGCACUGACGACAAGGACACCACCACACUUAUCCACGUCAGCUGGAACGGCGCAACCGAUGUAGUCCAGUGGAAAUUCUACGCCCAAUCCUACGAUCGCGGUGACCCAGUUUACAUCGGCUCCACUAACAAGACAGACUUUGAGAGCAUGUACAUCGCCGAUGGCUAUAUGGAUUGGGUCUCUGCGCAGGCUAUUGAUGCCGAAGGAAAUGUCAUGCACACUUCCAAGGUCAUGCGCACCGAGAUUCCAAGCAACUGGAAAGCUUCCGGCUGGAGCGGCUCCAAGUCCGGCCCCAGCCCUGACGACCCAUCCAUCAUUGUCGCUGCCAACGAUGCCAGCAAGCUGUCUUCAUCCAAUCCCAGCGGUAUCAGCAGCGACAAAGCGGCCGAGCUCAUCGGCACCAACUCCACCAGCUCAAUCGCUUCCAGCGACCACUCGGCAGCCCAGUACGCCGACGCCAAGGAGGUCGCAAAGGCUGUCUACAAGGCGUAUGACAUCAUCAAAGGCAUCGGCAGCCUCCUCGUUUUCCUCUUGGUCGUCGGAAUUCUGGGCGGCGCCGGUUUCGCCAUCUGGCGAUCCAUCCGUGACCGCCGCAAGCGCAGCUACCAACACGUUCCCUCUGAAGAGGGUCUUCCGACGGAAGAAAUCCGACUCACCUCCACUGGACGGGAGUAG